UUGUAUUGAGUUUCAUUUUAAAUAUAUACGAAAGUAUUUAGUCCGGACGAUUUUGGAUUCUGGCUGGAGUAAGAAAUAGAAAUACCGGAUUUUAACAAGGCGACGAAUAACAUGCGAUUGUUGUGGUAUCGAACAAUUGAAUGUGACAUAAACGGUUGACUGGGAUAUAAUGGUUCGAUAUGUCAACACUGGAGUUAUUUUAGUGGUUUUUAUUUGGAUAUCGGUGACAAACGGACAAUCCCAGUUUUCGGUCAAAGAGGAACAAGACCCUGGAACAUUUGUAGGGACCAUACCUGAAAUAAACGUGGAUUAUACGUUAACCGACACCCCCUAUUUUCAACUUAACAAUGGAAAUCUUCUGACAAAACGGAGAAUAGACAGAGAAUCUUUGGAUAAUGACGUCAUCAAACUAACUGUUGUGUCAGAAGAUCCGGGAGAAGUUCCGAUUGAAAUUUCUGUCACAAUUCUUGACGUGAAUGAUCAUAACCCAACAUUUCCAGUUUCACCACUGAAUGUCAACUUUACAGAAAGUACAGAUUCCAAUUAUAGGCGCAUUUUACCAUUGGCUGAUGAUGGCGAUUCUGGACAAAACGCUGAAAUCACAUCAUAUGAUAUCGUAUCUGGAGAUACCAGCGUAUUUCAAGUAUCUUUCGAAUUAAAUGGCGGACGACCUAUUUUGUACUUGAACGUACUCAAGCCUUUGAAUCGAGAAGUUUUGGGUCGGUAUGAUCUCAAUAUUUCCGCCGAAGAUGGAGGCGCCGAACCCCGGCGAGGAUAUUUGCAUUUGAUCGUCAACGUACAAGACGUAAACGACAAUGCUCCCGAAUUCGUCAGAAAGCAAUACAAAGAAAGUUUUCCGGAAGACACGCCAGUCGGUUCCGUGCUUUUCUCUGUCCUGGCAAAUGAUCUUGAUUUGGGCGAGAAUGGACGUGUGACAUAUUCUAUUGAAGAAAAUGAUGGAACCUUCGGCAUCAAUUCUACAACUGGAGAAAUAAUUUUACUGAGAGCAUUAGAUUUUGAAAACCAGAAAACUUAUUCUACAAUUAAAGUUGUAGCCAGGGAUGGCGGAAGCCCUAGUAUGGAAAGUAGCACGUUGUUAACUAUCGAUGUCUCAAACGUAAAUGAUAAUGAUCCCGCAAUAUCGUUCACAUACAUUCCUACAACUGCAAGCAUUGCUUCAAUAAACGAAAAAACUGACAUUGGAACUUUGGUCGCCCUUGUCACGGUAUCCGAUCCAGAUGAAUCAGAGAGAUCGAACGAUGUUCCAAUGGGAAUUGUAUCUGGAAAUGAUCACGGAUAUUUUGAAUUGAUUAAAGUGAAAAAUUUGAACUUCGCCAAAAUUCAGGUUGCAAACAACGAUAGCCUGAGUGAUCAACCAUCAUACAAUCUCACUAUUCGUGCAAACGAUUCGGAUCCAGAUAGCGAGAGAUAUUCUCUAGCAAGUAUGAUUAUUCUUGUUAAUUCUGGAGAAAACCAUCCACCAAAGUUUGACAAGAAAAUCUACAAUGUCACGAUAUCAGAACUCACAACAAUUGGAAGCAUCGUGACAAGUGUUCACGCACAAGAUACUGACAUAGGAUUAAAUGGUAGACUCGUGUACAGCAUCGAAGAGGGCAAUGAUCUGGGGUGGUUCAAGAUAGACAAAGGCAGUGGACUCAUGACAACAAUAAAGAAAUUGAGAUUUGAGCAAACCUUAACGAAUGGGAGUAUAAACCUAAAAAUCAGUGCAAAGGAUGAAACCUCCUAUCCACUUUCUGAUACUGCCGAUGUGGGAAUAAUCAUUAUUGACGAAAACGAUAAUUUUCCGACUUUUGAAGAAACUAGUUACUCGUUUUCAAUAAAGGAAAAUACAAAUGGUUUUGUGGGAAAAGUGGAUGCUCGAGAUAACGAUUAUGGAAAGAAUGGGGACUUUGAAUUCCGCCUAAAAGAGGUGAAAUCGCCAAGAAAUUCAAAAGGUUUAAAUGACUUGAUUUCCCAUUUCACGAUUGAUAAAUAUAGUGGACGUAUCAAUGUCGUUAAACCUUUGGAUAGAGAAAAGGUUGAAGCGUACAUUCUGACUUUGUCAGUUACCGACUUGGGAGAGUCACCUUUGACCUCAGUUGUGGAUGUGACUGUAGAAGUGUUGGACGUUAAUGAUAAUCAACCUAUGUUUUAUCCGAAUGCUUAUUUUGCCAAUGUCAAUUCAAAUACCAAGCAAGGCACUGUAAUAGGAUCAGUUCAUGCGACAGAUAAAGACAGUUCUGAUGCGGAUCGUAUUACUUAUCAUUUCGUUGAAGAUAUUGGAUCGAGGACGCAGUAUUAUAACGUUAAUGCUAAAACUGGUGAAAUUUCAUUGGCUCAAAGUGUCGUUCACAGAAACGAACAAAGUGACGUCCUAAAGGUUUUUGCUUUGGAUGGUGACAAUAAAGCAUCAACCGAUAAUGCCACAUUUUCUGUGGCAAUAGGUUCGUCUCUACCUGAAAGCGUCUUCAAAAAGGAAAAUUACAAUUUAUACAUGUUGGAAAACUCACCAGAUAAUUAUGUAGUUGGUCGAGUGAAAGUUUUACCAACCACCAAACAACUGAGAUUUUAUUUAACAAAUGGUAACGAAGACGGUACUUUUAAAAUCGAUUCAAUUACUGGCAAUAUUGUAGUGGCAAAUUCCUCAUUAAUUGACGCAGAAUCUACCACAAUCUACAAUUUAACAAUCACAGCAGAAAUCAUCAAAUCGUCAUCAUCUGUUACUGUCGGAUAUACAACAUCUUCAUAUCUAAUUCACGUUAUCGAUGUAAAUGAUAAUUAUCCCAUAUUUCUAUAUACAUCGGAAACGUCAAAAUGGGAUGGCAUGUACACAGUUUCAGAUGCAGUUACUGUAGAACUGGACGAUGAAUACUUGAGCACGGUAAUAUACAACGCUGGAGCGCAUGAUUCAGAUUCUGCAGAAAAUGGGAAAAUAGAAUAUUCCAUUAUAAGCUCGUAUUCCAAUAUAAAAAUUGAUUCAAUAACAGGUUUAAUUUCUGUUAAACCUCCAAUUAUUUCAAUAUCAACAUGUCCAGAGAGUCAAACUGACUUCAAAGCUGAAAUAACGGCUUGUGAUGAAGGAUCACCACGUCUUUGUUCGGUGCUGCAUCUAGAUGUUAAGAUUAUUCUUCUAGACCAGAUACUAGAUAAACCAAUGCAAAAUUUCUAUAUUUCACUGCCUGAAGAUACCGAUAUGAAUUACCUUGUUGCUAACUAUGCAGAAUUAUCGUCGAAUUAUGUUGGAAUAAUGGAUACCAAAGACAUUACUUAUUCUCUGAAUCCCAAUAGCCAAUUUAAUGUCUACCCAAGUGGGGAAGUUUUGCUUGCUCAAAUUUUGGAUUUUGAAAUUACAUCAGGCUAUGAAGCUUUACUGACAGCGGAUUUCGCAACUUCUAGGAACACUUGGAAAGGAACUUCACAACUUUCUGUGUCUGUGAAAGAUGUGAACGAUAACAUACCUCAAGCUGGUUUGAAAAAGCAUAUGUUUGUUGUAACUGAAAACGCUAGUCCCGGCGAUUUUAUUGGCUCGGUCAGAGCGAUAGACUACGAUAGCGGAAUAUAUGGUUCGCUCGUAUACAAUUUGCAAUCGUCAAACUCUGUAUCGUCGUUAUUUUAUACCGAUAUUACAACAGGAGACAUAUACGUCGGGCAAUCUCCAGACAGAAAUCUCCUCUCCAAUUUAGGUUUGCAAAAUGGGAAUAUAUUACUGGACAUGGCUGUUUCUGAUCAAAAUGGUAUGAAUGGGUCUGUCUCAGUAAUCAACGUUGCGUAUAUACCUGUAAGGAUAAAUAUCGAAUUUGAAUAUCGUUUUUCGUUAUACUUCGAAUCUAAUCGAUAUUUCGCAACUAAAAUGGAGAAUUCUCCUUCGCCUGACGUAUUGACCGUACUUGCAAAAGACGGAGAUGCUCCUUGGUCGUCUAAAACCAUUCGAUACCAAAUAUACAGCGCUGUUUCCAAGGAAACAAGUAUUCCGUUUAUCAUAGACGAAGUAACAGGAAGCAUACAACUGAAAGAAGGCGUUUCUUUAGACAGAGAACAAAACGAAUUAUAUCACUUACGGCUCAAAGCUACUGAUGUCGAUCACGUAUCGAAUACCGCAUUUGCUAAUCUAGUAAUUCAAGUAUUAGACGAAAUUGAUACACCUCCCGUUUUCAAAGAAAAGUUUUUCCGAUUCUCAAUUUCUGAAUUAUCGCCAGUUUUGACUAUGAUUGGUAGAGCUGAAGCUCGAGAUGGAGACUCACUUACUAUAAGUACGGAAAUCACUUACGAGCUUCUCACCGAGGAAUCCGUUUUUGACAUCGAUCCUGCUACUGGAUUUAUAUUUUUAAUAGGAACCGUGGAUUAUGAGAUUCAAAGGCGAUAUAAUAUAACAGUCAGAGCUACUGACAAUAGUGAAAUGUCCACAAAUACUUAUGUUAUCAUCGAUAUUUUAGAUGAGAAUGAUAAUGCUCCGAAAUUCACGCGAGUCGCGUCGCUUCCUCUCAGAGAGAAAUUUUACGGCAGUCCUACUAUUGUUGGUACCGUGAAAGCUGAGGAUGCCGACUCGGAUGAUUAUGGCCGGGUACGUUAUUCACUGGUACACAAAGAUGAUACCGACUCAACAAGCAGAUCGUCAACCUCAAAUUCUGUAGUUGAAAUUGAUCCCAUAAGCGGCAGAAUCACGGUUCGCGGAAUGGUAGAUCGAGAAGAAACACCAACAUUGAAUCUCAUUAUUAGAGCAACCGAUCAAGCAAAGCCAGUAUCUUUACGGAAAUUUUCAGACGCUACUCUCAAAAUUGUAGUCUCGGACAUCAACGAUAAUAAACCAGAAUUUACAAGCCCUACGUCUUAUGUUUUAUCACCCCAAUUUGCCAGGAGAAACGGCCAUACUAUCAUGAAAAUAUCUGCAACAGAUCGUGAUGAAGGCAAAAAUGGCGAAGUAACUAUAGCUUUAUCAAGAACUGGCAUGCACUCAAACUUGUUUACAUUGAAUGCUGAAAACAAUUUGAUUCUGAAAGCUCCAAUCACAUCAGAGAAUCUGGUUUACCCGGUACACCUGACUGCGACCGACAAAGGUUCUCCACCAAAAUCAACUCGUAUGACAGUGUAUGUAAUUGUAGCUGACGUUACGAAGACAGAUAGUGGACCAAGAAUUCGUUCGAUUCCUGCAAUAACACUGUCGGAACGGAGCGGUCCAGGGUUUCUUGUUACAUCAUUGCCUGCCGCUUCCGCAAGGGUGGGGGGAUUGACUUCGAUGACCCGAUAUUACCUUACAAAGUCCUCAAGAUCCGAUGCCAAAGAAGAUAACGAGAUGUUCGCAGUUAAUCGGAUCACAGGAGAUGUCACACAUGCACAUGAUUUAAAAGGAAAAGGAGGAUUGAGUUACACAUUAGAAGUCAUGGCUGUGGAUGAAGAAUCAACAAGACAAUACCCCAAAAUUUCACGAUCUACGAUCACCAUCAAAAUUACAGAUGAGAAUGACCAUGCGCCCAUAUUCGAUAGCGCCACCCAGCGACUAGAGAUUUUAGAAUCGCUUGCACCAGGAACAGAAGUUACUAAAAUAACUGCUACAGAUGGUGACGUCAACAAUGAAGUUAUUUAUUCUUUACAAACAAAAUCUGACCAAACUGAAACAGAUUUUGUGAUCAAUCCUAAAACGGCAGAGAUUUCAGUUGGACCAAAUGGAUUAGACAAAGAAAGAGUUCCGUUGUAUGAGUUACAAGUGAUCGCAUCUGACGGCAUUCAUCGUUCAUCAACGGAACUCAUCAUUGAGGUCGAUGACGUCAGUGACAGUCCGCCAAAGUUCAACGAAUCAACGGUUUGUUUCGAUCUCGCUGAAAACAAUCCUUCUGGUACUUACGUCGGCAGGGUGUCUGCUAAAGAUGAAGAUUUGACUUCACGAGUUACUUAUUCCCUAAUAAAUGAUUCAUAUUCUGGCAUGUUCCGAGUACAACAAUUAUAUGGAAUAAUCACGUUUGAAGGAAAUCCAGAAAUAUUGAACAGAGAAUACGAAGAUUUUUAUAUCUUACAUAUCAGAGCUAUUGAUGAAACCGGUUUGUUCUCAGACAUCAGAGUUUUUAUAUUUGUGAGUGACGUCAACGACAAUCCACCCAUAUUUGAUUCAUCUGAUACAAACGAAAUUGUUAGUUUAUCAGAAAUUGCAAAUGUUGGAUCUUACGUUACCACAGUGAAAGCAACAGAUAAUGACAUCGGAUUGAAUGCAGAAAUUUACUACAGCAUUAUCAGUGGGGAUCCUAAUCACAAAUUCAGAAUAGAUAGUGAUACUGGAAAAUUACGAACUAUUUCUGCUCUUGACCGCGAAGAACAAGAAUCCUAUACUUUAAAAAUCAUAGCAUGGAACAAGUACGCAGAAGGAGCCGAGCAACAAUUCUCUUUCAAAACUGUUGUUGUGAAUGUAUACGAUGAAAAUGAUAAUCCACCUAUGUUAAUGCUACCAAAAGAAAUUUCAUUGAAAGAAAAUGCUGAAAACGGAAACAUAGUUUUAAAAGUUGACAUCAUUGAUUUGGACACGGGAAUUAUUAAUAAAAAUAAAAUUGCUUUGGUACAAACAACUCCGGAUGACGGAAUAUUUGAAAUUGAUUCGAGAUCUCAGAAUAUCAUCGUGAAAGAUGUAUCAAAAUUAGAUUUUGAAACAACAACUCGAUACAAUCUUACACUUGCUGCAUAUGAUGAAGGUGAUCCUGACCUGUCAUCUGUUACAAAUGUUAUGAUUCGAAUUAUGAAUAUAAACGAACAUAGUCCGAAAUUUGUCAAAACUACAUAUUCAAGAAGUUUGUCCGAAAAUUCUCCGUUGGGAUCUUUCAUAACAAACGUCCAUGCUGAUGAUUUGGACGCAGGUUUUGAAGGAGAAGUUCAAUACAAUAUUGUGCCAUCGACCAAUUCAAAGUACUUUUACAUCGAUAGAUUUACAGGAAAUAUUUUUCUUGCCAAUUUCUUGGAUUACGAAAAACAGGAUAAAAUUUCAAUCGAAAUCGAAGCAGUCGACGGCGGAGCGAACUCACUUGUUAGCACGGUUCCUGUUUUCAUCAAUGUCCUGGACGAAAAUGACUGUGGACCCGUGGUUACACCCGCGUAUUCUGUUGUGCACGUCAGGGAAAAUACUAAUAAUGGUGCCGUCCUGUUAAAGCUCUCAGCAAUUGAUCAAGACGCUGGAAAUAACGGGAUGGUUCGUUUUCAAAACAAUGUAAUGACAGUUCCUGAUACCGAUGCUUUUAUUUUAUCUCAUAAUUCUGAUGGUACUACAAAUUUGAUUCUGAGAGAAGCUAUUGAUCGGGAAUUGUACUCUCAAAUUGAAGUAACUGUAACUUCUGUAGACAGUGGAUCUCCGCCAAUUAAAGGCAGCGCUACAAUUUUAAUUAUUGUUGAUGAUGAGAAUGAUAAUGUACCAGAAUUUGAACAAAAACAAUAUUACGUUGCUGUACCAGAAGACGUCCUACCAGGAAGCAAAAUUCAUUCUGUGAAAGCUCGAGAUGACGACGCCUCUGCUAUUAUGUAUAAACUGGAUGGAGAUAGUGAAGUUUAUCCAUUUUAUAUUGAUCCAGCCACAGGAGAAAUAUUUACACGAGAUACUCUUGACAGAGAGACUAUGAAUUCGUAUAAUAUUACGAUACUGGCAAUCGAUGGCAGAGAUUUUGCUGGAACCCAACACUCAGUAUCAGUGAAUUUGUUGAUCGAGUUAUCUGAUAUAAAUGAUAAUUCACCUUCGUUUACAAAUCAACAGAAGAACGUCUACGUCAAUCAAAAGAAUUCAAUUGGAACUAUUUUUGUUGCUGAAGCAUUUGACCCAGACAGUGGUGAAAAUGGAAGAAUACGGUACAGCAUGGAUGGGAAUUCAUUCUUUAGAAUUGAUCAGAAUACUGGACAAAUUGAAGCGACAAAUUCAUUAACGUCCUCUCACACACUAAAGAUAUAUGCCUUCGAUCAUGGAUCGCCAUCAAAAUCUACCACCAUGGACGUCUUAGUUUAUCUUACGAAUAAGAGUCCACCAACAAUAACUCACGACGUUAACAAUCCAGUAAGAUUAUUUGAAACGACGCCUCCAAAUAGAUUUAUCAAAAACUUUGACGCAUCGUCAACACGAAGCGAUGCAGGAAAUCUGAAAUUCUAUUUGAGAGGAGACAGAUUUGAUUGGUUUUCCAUUGAUCAAACGACGGGAAAUCUAAAAACAAUCGGUCAAAUUGAUCAUGAAAUCUCAUCAACUUUGACAAUGUGGAUUGAAGUAAAAGAUUCUGGUUCGCCACAGCUGUCAAGCUAUGUAAAAAUAAUCAUUGAGAUUGAGGAUGUGAAUGACAAUCCGCCAACCUUCGAUCAAGAUUCUUACAUAGGUCAUGUUAGAGAAGACCAGACACGGAAAAUAUUAUCUUUAUCUGCCACUGAUCCUGAUAACGGUGAGAAUGGCAAGGUUUCAUAUUCAAUAGUGAACGACCAAAGCGAAAGUCCAGAAAAAUUUAAAGUUGCGUUCUCUAGUGGUGUUUUGAGAAAUAAAGUCAAGUUGGACCGGGAAAUAAAAUCGAGCUAUAAAUUGGUUAUUCGAGCAACUGACGGGGGUUCCAUACCUUUACAUCGUGAUAUCGUUGUGUAUAUUAUCGUCGAUGAUGUGAAUGAUAAUCCACCAAAGUUCACAAGAUUGUUCAGCGCUUCUAUACUGGAGGAUGCAAAAAUUGGAGAUUAUGUGUUACAGGUUACUUCGACGGAUGCCGACUUUAUUUCCAAUCAUACGUACAGUCUUGUUGAUAAUUCUGAUGGAUACUUCAAUAUCGAUAAAAACGGAAUUGUGACUUUAGCAAAGAGACUCGACAGAGAAAAUGCCGAAACGCACACACUGGAAGUAGAAUCUACAGAUGACAUGUGGACAACACAUACUACUGUCACUGUGAGAGUGGAAGACGUAAAUGACAAUCCACCGAUGUUUCAUUCUUCAAAGUAUUCCGCAUCGGUUGCUGUGAACACUAAUAUUGGAGCAAUGGUGUUGAAAAUAAAUUCAAGCGAUCCCGACGAAGGCAGAAACGGAAAGAUAAGUUACAGAAUAUCCGGAGGAAACAGGUACUUUGACAUCAAUGAGGUUGGCGAAAUUGUGACUUUGAGAGAACUAACUUGCAAAUCGGGAUUCACUUUCGAUUGUCCAGUCGAACACUCGUUCAAUGUACUUGCUUGUGAUAGUGGAUCACCGAAUUCUUUAUGCAGUUCAUGUUCCGUCAAAAUAGGUGUAAAAUCUGUGAAUCUUCACUCGCCUGUAUUCAUUGAAAACAACAUUAGGAUUGCUGUUCUGCAAUCUGCUGAAGUUGGAACUAAGGUUUAUACUGUUACUGCAACUGACGAAGACGUUGGAACGAAACUACAAUAUGAAAUAUCGAGUCGAAACACCGCUCCUUAUUUCACUUUUGGGAAUGGUGGUGAUAUUAUUUUGAAGCAAAAUGUUUCCAAUUUUUCUCUUGGACAAACUUUGCCUAUCGUUGUAAAAGUAUCGGAUGACGGAGUGCCACCCAGGUCUUCUAAUAUGAAUAUCGUCGUUGAAGUUACUGGUGCGAAUAUGCACAGUCCAACAUUUAAACGAUCUUCUUAUGAAUCAAAUCCAAUACCAGAGAAUUCCACUCGUGAAAUCAGAAUAAUAGAUAUUGAAGCAUAUGAUGAUGAUAUUGGAAUAAAUGGAAAGGUGAGAUAUGAGAUUAUAGAAGGGAACAUUCAAUCUGCAUUCAUCAUUGGCAAAGAAUCUGGAAUCAUCGUUCUCGACGGAACAUUGGACUAUGAGACUACACCUAUAUAUAAUAUUGUGAUAAAAGCAACCGACUACGCUGUGAACAGCAGAUCCACAACAGUAAAUGUCAAAAUUCCUGUGGGAGAUGUCAAUGACAAUGCACCAUAUUUCAAUGAAUCUUAUUUUGAGAUUCGUGUAAUCGAAUCAACGCCGACAGGGAAGAUUAUAUCCAGACUUACAGCUGAAGACAAGGAUAGUGAUGAGAAUGCUUUGAUCAAAUAUUACGUUGAUAAUUUUAAUACGAUCGGAAUACAAUCAUCAACUGGUGACAUAUACCUAACACAAAUGGUAGAUUUUGAGACCAAAUCGACAUAUACCUUGAAUGUCAUGGCUGAAAAUGAAAAAGGGAACGAAAAAGCAGAAUCAGAAUUGUCAGUUGUAGUGUUAGGCAGUAAUGAAUUUCCUCCAGAGUUUCUUCAGAAUACUUAUGAGUUCAAUAUUCCACACUCGGUUGGAAGAGGUACAGUCGUUGGAUUUGUGAAUGCAACAGACGAUGAUUCAGGAACUGAUGGUUUUAUUGAAUAUAUUCUAGAACCAGUCGAUAAUGACAAUUUCAGCAUGGACAAAACAUCUGGACUCAUUACGGCCGUUGACAGUUCUCUUUACUCAAUCGGUGACGUCAUACUCUUCACCAUAAUUGCUAAAAAUCCGACAUCAUCAUCUGAAGUUUGUUUGUACGACACUGCACAGUUACGAAUCAACAUCAUUUCAAACGAAUGUCAUCUAACGUUAUGUGAGAAUGGAGCUACGUGUGUCGAUGGCUUGACUGAGGCCAUUUGCUAUUGUCUACCUGGAUUCACAGGCGAACUUUGUGAAACGAACAUCGACGAUUGUGUCGGCCAGCCAUGUAAACGGGGAACGUGUGAAGACCAAGUGAACACUUAUCAAUGUUCUUGUGAUGAAGGAUAUACAGGAUAUAAUUGUGACGUCAUAAUCAAUCAUUGUGAAAACCAACCAUGCGAAAAUGGCGGAACAUGCCUAAAUACACCAACCUCGUUCAAAUGCAAUUGUCCUUUUGGUGCAAGUGGAUUGACAUGCAAUAUACAAAGUAUCAACUUUCCUGCGCAAUCGUACAUUAUUGUAGACGGAUUUGAUGAAGAAAUUUAUUUCGAGUUUUCGACUGUUUCAUCAUCAGCACUUUUAUUGUAUUCAUCUCUCAAUUCUGAAUCCUAUAUUACUUUGGAGAUUAUUGAGAAGAAGAUUGUGAUGAAAAUAAAAACAUCCAUAGAAAGUGACCUGGUACAAGUUACUUUGGAAAAAGUGGUGAACGAUGGUGGAUGGCACAAUAUACAAAUCAAUUUUGGAAGUUCAAGCUCUGGCACUUUGUUGUUGGACGAUUGUUCUUCUGAUGAAACUAAUUUAUGUUUUGGAACAUUUAACAUGAUUCAAGAUGUCGAUUUUACGUCGAGUCCAAUAACCAUCGGUGGGAUUCAAGGCAUAGCGGAUUUGAAUAGUGGAAAGCUGUCAUCUCACGACUAUGUUGGUUGUCUGCGUUCCCUGAGUAUCGAUUCAAACAACAUUUCAUCUGCUUCUUCCGAUUUAAUCCGUAAGAAGCAUUUGAUUUCAAACGGUUGUGACAAAACCACUUCUACGGGAGCAUGUGGCGCCAACGUAUGCGGUAAUGGCACCUGUACAGACUUAUGGUUGAAUGCUCAAUGCGAUUGUGAUGAUAGAUAUAUGGGCGCUAACUGCGAAUCAAGAAAGGUCGGACAGACGUUUACUGGCAAGGGUUUUGCUGAAAUUAAAUUCACGGAAUCAUUUGUACGAGAUUCAAUUUUACAAGAGGUUACAUCGUCUGCUGGUAAUCGAAGGAGACGCCGUAAUGUCGGUAGCUCUUCAACAUUCGAAAUCCAGUUUCGAACUUUAGAAAAAGAAUCACUAAUUGCGGUUUUUGUGGAUGUAACUGGAGAAAACUACGCUGCUUUAAUGGUAAUUGACGGGAAAUUGAACUAUCAUCACAAGACUGAAUCUGGAAUAGCAGUAGUCAAAUUAACAGAUGACAUAUCUGGUGGUAACUGGCAUACUGCUGAGGUUACAAUAUCAGGUUUUGAGGAUAAUUCUGCUGAAAUUACGCUCUCUAUGAAGGAUUCGAUCGCGCAGAAAACAACUUUUACAACUGGAAUUGGAGUUAUAAGCAAUUUUGCGGAUCCAUUACAAGUGAAGACAAUAUAUCUUGGAGGAAUACCAAGCUCAACUUCACUUUCUCUUCCCACAAAAACCAGUUUUAAAGGCUGCGUGUUUAAUUUUAAAUUGAAUGGUAUUACGUACCAAUUAAAUUCUGAUGCGACCAAUUAUGCAGUCACUGUAUCUUUAAGUGAGGCAGGAAUAUCCACAGGCUGUGACGGAGCUGGACUAACAUGCGAUCUUGUAACUUGUACGAAUGGUCGUAUUUGUGUUCCGGAUGGCGUCAGUGUUUCAAAGUGUGUGUGUCAAGACGGAUAUGUCGAAUCGAAUGGCGAUUGCGCAAUGAUUUCAACUGCAGGAUUUGAUUGGUGGAUAAUUGUUGUCGUUGUUGUUCUAUCAGUGUUUAUAGUCGGCGGAAUUUCGAUAUUUGCCGUCUGUUUCAGGAGAAGAAAGAACAAACGAAAAUCAGCACUGGCUCCAACCGAAAAUCGAACAGCAAGUUAUGAAUUUCAAGACAGAAGUAAUAAUGCAUAUGUAACCCCUGACCUUUUACCAAAUGAUGCACAAAUAAGCGAAAACGAACUUGAAAAACAGAAUCCCAGCCAAGAAGUAACAAUCGUGAAGUCUUCUUCAAAUGGUACAAUCAUAUCACAUACAAAUGGAACAACGGAACACAAACAUGUUUCACAGCAAAAUGAAUCUUUGUACAAAGCCUACGAUCCUAUUAUAAUGAGUGGAAGGCAAUCGACAACCGAUUUUAUUAAAAAUGAGAACUUGAAACUGACACAGAGACCAGCAUCUGCUCAGCCAAAUUUGGCACCGGUGCCUUCUCCACUUACAAUUUCCUCGGACGGGUAUUACGCAACUCCCAGGCGGAAAUACCAAAACCAAUUUCAUAUAAACCAAGCUAAGACUUUGCCUAGGAAGUCUACUAAUGGAAGUCAAGAUUAUAUUUCCGAUCGUAUACAGUCCACUCCACUUAGAUCUAUAUCUCGGAAUUCAGCCAAACUGAACUCUGAACCACGAACUUAUAGAGAAAAAAGAAGGCACAAUAGAAAAUCAAGGGAAUCUGAAACUCUAGAAGGAAUGAUGAGAGAGUUGUCAGAUAUUGUUGGGCUCACUAACGAAGAAAUGGAUCUACUUCAUGCUGGAGCGAUAGCUCUCGGGCAAGAUGCUAUAUAUGAUGACGGAUCGAGCGUUUCAACUUCUAGUCUCACUGACAUGAGUAUGCACUCAAGAACGACAUCUUCUUCAGUGAGAGUGAGAAGUUUUGUAAGAUCGGUUUCACCUCACAGAGACGCGCUUAUGAAAGAUUUAAUGCCUGGUACUGUGAUCAGUGACUCUGUUCAAUCGUUACCUAAAUCAACCAAGAAAAAAUUAGAGUUCAGAAGUGACUCAUAUGAAACAUUAGCGGUUCUCGGUCCGUUUGAGUUUCCUCCUCCACCCUCGGAAUCCGAGACAAACUCAUCCACUGCAUCGACUACAGAAGAUGAAGUAUGGGAUUCUACAACAAGUGAAUCGACAGUGGCUUCAACAGUUAAAAAAGUCAAUUCACCGGAUAACUCAUCAACUAGCAGUGGCGAUAAAUCUGGACAACUUGAUCUCAAUUUUCCGACCAACCUAGGAGAUUACUUCACAUCACUUGUUGAUGUAUUUGAUGACAUAUCUCGUCUUAAUUCGGAUGAUAAAGAAAGCAAUCUUCCACGAUCUGAAGAUCGUCGGCCGUCUGUCCUUCCUGGUUUUGUUGGACACGAGGUGUCUUUGUGGAGCGACAUAGAAACUCUUAGUAAACGCCCCCUCAGGAAAGGCGCCCACGAAAGAAGCACACUGGAAAACAUAUCACAAUCAUCCAUAAAUAAAGAAGAAGGCGACGAUCCAGUAACCCCAGUUAAAAAGAGGGGUAGCCGUGUCAAUUCACCGUCAAGUAUUAUUUUAGAACAAGUUAAUGGACGAGAAAGUAGAGCAUCUGAAAGAUCUUUAACGUCUCCGACAGAAGUAGACCCAAAAAAGAAGAAAACCGGUCGAAAUACGCCUAAGUCAUCAUCAGGUAGAAGCAGCAGGAAUUCAAAAAUGAAAACAGAGUUUGAGAAAUAUGUCUGAAUUGAAUGAAUUUUCACGAUGAAAAUGAAUGAAUGCAGCGGCGAUUUAGAGCACUAAAAACGAUAAUAAAAUGUGGUGUGUAAGGCGGGUUGUGCUGAAGUUCCUCUCAGUUUGCAUUAAAAACUUGUAAUCAAUCGCAUUUAUUAAUUUACUAUCGAACUGCUAAAUGUGCCAGUUGGGCAC